AUAAAAUCCGGUAUUCAUUUAAUAUUCAUCUCAUCGUAAAGCAGUUAACAGUGUAUUUUAAUCGUGUGUGUAGUCGGUUGACAUUUUUGUUUACAAAUUCAAAAUAAUGAAAGCUUUGUUUUAUUUAACAAUUUUUCUAACGAUUAAUUGUUUUUCGGCAAUUGAACAACCAAAAUGUAAAUUUGAUCCAUAUCUAUUCCACUGUCGGAAUGUGAAUGCAAGCGAAUGGGUUGAAAAUAUUGAAGCCGCCGAAAGUGGAUUACUUGUAUGUACAGAAUGUGAUAUAAAUACAUUACCAAUACAGCAACUGAAAUUAUCAACUCGUCAAUAUUUAAGAAAAAUAAAACUUCAUAACAUUUCAAAUGUUAUUCAGCUGGAUGAAAAAACUUUUAACGACUGUACUAAACUGGAAGAUAUUGUGUUAAUGGAUGUAACUAUCGAAGAAUUAAAACCAGAAUAUUUAAAACCAUUGAGAGAUUUGGAAGAAUUAGAAUUAAUUAACGUUCGCACAAAAUAUAAGAAUUCGGAAUCAUUUAAAUAUAUUCCACAUUUAGAGGAAUUAAAAAUUACUGAAUCACCAAUGGAAACAGUGAAUUUUGAAUUAUUACAGCAUUUAGUUGAAUUAGAAAAAUUAAAUUUAAAUUCAAAUAAAAUUAAAGAAAUUGCACCAAAUGCAUUCCAAAAUAAUCGUGAUCUAGAGAAAAUUUAUUUAUAUAAUAAUUUGAUAACAGCGUUACAACAAAAUAUUUUUGAUAAUUUACGUAAAUUGAAAGUUUUGGAUUUAUCAAAUAAUCCUUUAAUUGAAUUUGAUUUUAAGCAUAUAGUUAAUAUGAAUUUAAAAUUGAAGAAUUUAUACUUGUUUGAUAUACCAUGCAAUUCAUUGGAUGGAAAAAAUUUGACUGGACGUAAAUGUGCUGUUGACGGUAAUGAGAUAAAAUCAAUAUCAGCUUACAAUAAAAUGAGUUCUUCUUUUAAACAUGAAGUAUUCGGUGACAAGAGAAAAUGUGAUGUGUUGUGUUAUACGGCAGAGCAUUUAAAUUCCUUGCCAGAAAGUAAUGAAUAUAAAUCAGUUUAUAAUAAAGGUGUUGUACUUCUUGAAAAACUUGAUUGAUAAUAUUAUAUUGACUGAUCGUGUAAUUCUGAAAUGUUCGUUUUUUGUAAAUUAUUUGUGAGAAAUAAAAAAUUUUAAAGUA